GCAGCUCGAAUAAUCUUAUUUUUCUCUCUUUCAUUUCCUCUCCUAGUAUCCGCGUCACUGGAUCAGACACGCUUUCACCUCCUCCAUCCAUCCAUCCCAUCCCUCCUCACCACCACCACUACCACCACCACCACUCUUACAACACCACCCCCCCCCCAAUCCUAUCCACCUCGUCUCCCUCUUCCACCUUGAACCUUCUCUCUCCCUUCCACACACCCUCCCUUCACCCUCCCUCUCUUCUAUUUCUUAUUCACGGAGGUUCUCUUUUUUGCAUUACUAUCUUCGGGAGGCCCUGUUUCAUCUUCUGUCCUAUUCCCUCGACCUUUCAAACCUUUUUUUUUUUUUCUAUCCUGCGGUUAUUCGAGUGCAACGGAGAACCAUCAAGCACUUCACUUUUCGCCCGUUUCAUCAGUGCAAACAGCGAGAACCCCCCCGAGCUCUUGGUCAAACGAUAUUUGAAUUGUUACUAGAGAUCUAUUAUGGAUCGUUAUGUGGUUAUCCAUGUGGCCACUACUUGCGAUGAGCAUGGUGUCUAUGUAACUAAGGAUUCUGCGGAGGUCAUUGAGAUCGGUUGGAUUCUCUUGAAUGCGAAGUCCCUCGAGGAGAUUCACAGGGAGAGUGUUCUUGUGAGGCCCGUCAACACUCCCAUUACUCCGCUGUGCACAAGCCUCACUACGCUUACGUGGGAGCACGUGCGGACGGCCGGGUCGUUCAGAGAUGCCGUCAAUCGGUUUGACACCUUCGCACAAGAAUACCUAAUGUCGCAGCAAUUAGACUUUACCUUCGUGACCUUGGAUGCUUGGGAUCUCCGGGUUCAGUUGCCUCGUGAAGCCAGAGACAAGGCUGUUGUUUUACCCCCGUAUUUACAACAUUCCAGGACUUUUGACCUGAGGACUGAGUAUACCCGAUGGCAAUCGCAUCAUCCGGAGUCUUUGCCCUUUGGUCCAUCCUCUCUGGCUAAUAUCUGUGCUGCCCUCGAAGUUGAGCCUGUUCAAUCGUCAGCCCCGAUAAAGCACAAUUUGCCCUUCCAUCUCCAGGCUUUGGCACCCGCUUCUCCUCGUAGAGCCAUGGAAGAGGCUAUCACACUGGCGAGGGUUCUGCGUGGAUUGAUCAAGAAAUCCCAGCCCCCAGAACAACACCCUGAUGUUCUGGCAAGGCCCAUGGAUGCCAGAGCUGAUGUUAGAGCCUUUUUGAGUGAAAGAAGUAAAGUCCUCCAUAUGAGCGGAUUGCCGCAUGAUACCACCCAAUCUGAGCUGGAAAGCUGGUUUACUCAGUAUGGCGGUCGCCCAAUUGCCUUUUGGACACUCAGAACCCCGGACCAGCACAAGCCAACAGGUACAGGGUUUGCUGUGUUUUCAUCACAUGAAGAGGCCGCAGAGAGUCUUUGUAUGAACGGGCGAGCGUUGAACGAGAAGGCGAUUGAAGUUUCUCCUAGCAGCAGUCGAGUGCUUGAUAGAGCAGCAGAGAUUCUCACACCCUUCCCCCCAAGUAAAAACAGACCUAGGCCUGGGGACUGGACUUGCCCAUCUUGUGGAUUUUCCAACUUCCAGCGUAGAACUGCUUGUUUCCGAUGUUCAUUCCCUGCUGUUCCCGCCGGACCAAGCCCGGAUACCGUGUUUGGCUAUUCCGGCUACUCCCAGAGCAUGGUUCCGCCUCAACCUCCGGCUAUGGGGCAUGGGGCAGGACAUGGACUGCAAUCUAGGGCUAUGCCGGGCGGUGGGGCGGUGCCUUUUAGAGCGGGGGACUGGAAGUGCGGUUCUGAUGGGUGUGGUUACCACAACUUUGCCAAGAAUGUUAGCUGCUUGAGGUGUGGUGCAAGUCGUGCUGGUGCGGCAGUUGCCGACACGGCAUUUCCAUCGCCUAUGGAUGGGCCUCCGUCUUAUGGAGCAUUUGGAUUGGGACCAGGACAGAUUCUUGGGGGUGGGGCGGGACCCGUUGGAGGUCAGCUUGGAGGAGGCGGUUUCCCUAGCCAACAAUUCGGUGGUCAGCUUAGCAAUUUUGGGCUACCCUCUGGUCUUGGGGGCGGAAGUGGCACCUUUCCUCCGCUGAACACGUCUUUGGGUCCUGGAGUUGGACCCAAUUCUGCCGGUCCUUUUGAUCAGAGGGCCGAGCAAGCUUUCUCAUCUGGUGGAAAUGGGCCUAAUGGAUUAUACGCAGGGCUACCUGAUGAUCAAGCAUUUUCCUUCCUCUCUGGAGGACUUGGCGGACUUGGUCUCGACGAUUCUAGGAGGAAGGAGAUCAAUGGAGGUGGGCGUUCUCCCGGUGCAUAAGUUCAAAGUAGUUUGCUUUUGUACAAGACGAUCGGGAGUAUUUUUCUUUUCCGGCAUUUGGAUAAAAGAAGGGUUGUUUUUAGCAGGGUUUGGAGUUGGGGUUGUUGGGAGCGGGUGAUAAAAACGAAAAACAGCAAAACGGGCAAAAAAAACAGAAACCUUAAUUGUGCGAUGGAAUAUAACGGCUGUAUGGGUAUGAUUGAGUGAACUGAAAUGGUAAAAAAAGCACGGAUUCGGAUGGGGCAUUCUUGGGUGGUGUUGGUUGGGUUGGCUACAGGCAAAGAUAAAAUACUUUUUUUUUUUUUCCCCUUGUCUCGUUUCUUUUCCUCCUGCUUUCAUUAUUAGCUUCCCCCUCCACAUUGAGUGUACCUUUUUUUCUCCUUUUUUUUCCACCUGUUAUUUUUGUUCGUGUGUGCGUUUUCUACCACCUAUUAUACCUACGUUCCCAUCCGUGAAUAAUUAAUUUCAUGCGAAUAGGCGAUUAGGGCACAAGGGGGAAGAGUGGUUGGGGGAAAAAAAGCAAGUGAGGAGAGGAAGAGAGAUAGCAUGGUGAGAGAAUAUAUAUCAAGAAUUGUCCUA